CGACGCUGUACGCGUAGAAACAGCAGUCACCAUGUCCGCCCAACAGGUGGCGCCGACGCGCAUGGCGCUCCAAAUGUACAAGGGGAAGCUUCUGGGCGCGAAGAAGGGCUACGAGCUUCUCAAGAAGAAGUCAGAUGCGCUGAAGGCCCGAUUCCGCAAAAUUGCCAAACAAAUCCACGAACUGAAGCAGGUCAUGCGCGAAGACGCCGCUACCGCGUUCUUUUCGCUCACCCAAGCGGCGCAGUAUGUCGCAGGAGACUUCCGUGGGAAGGUGCUAGACACUCCACGGCCAGCGGCCGUGCGGUGCAGGGCUAGGACAGACAACGUAGCGGGCGUCAAGCUUCCGGUGUUCGAGUCGUACGAGACCGGGUCGGAGGCCAAGGAUAACAUCGGUCUAGCCGGGGGUGGGCAGAAGGUGGGACAGUGCCGCGACAAGUACAAGGCCUGGGUGGAAAACCUCAUCAAGCUGGCGUCCCUGCAGACGUCGUUUGUCACCAUGGACGAGGCGCUCAAGGUAACGAACCGCCGCGUUAACGCGCUGGAAAACGUGACGAUCCCGCGAAUGGAGGGAGUAAUCAGCUACAUCAACAGGGAGCUGGACGAGCUGGAGAGGGAGGACUUCACUCGGCUGAAGAAGGUGGUGGAGAAGAAGCGCGAGGCGGCAGCUAGGGAGCAGGCACUCAAGAACGAGUUGGCGGCCGCGAACAAGCUUCUCGAGACGGACGAAGCGCUCGCCGCUUCCGCCGCCGUCAGCGGGGGAGACGACACGAUGUUAGACGAGUUCGACACGCAAGAGCAGGGAGACGUCUACUUCUGACGUUGUUUUCUUCCUUGACCGUAGUUUUGAGCUCGAGACAGACCCAACGGGUCGUUUUUUUCGUGUGUUGGCUGCGUGCAGCUCGAAGCAUCCGUAACGGCGUCGGCGCGUUCUCUCCUCGGUAGUCUACGAUAGGUUUCAUUUCUUGGGAAUUGUUGAUGCUGACUAUUUUGGACCUAUGAUGCUGUGUCCAUGUAUUUUUUGUAUUGCUUAACAGGUAGCUUCACGCGGAUGUUUGGUUGCAGGCGUUGCGAGUUGUUUUUUGUAAGGGGCGGAUGUUUGUACCGAGGAUAGCCAGGGAUGACCGUGGUAGUAUACCCCUGCCAACCUUUGAACGUUUUUUCGCCCGAUUUUGAUGAACAAGGCAAAGUCGCUAUCCAACCAUGUCUGGAGUGUACAUGCAUUGACGGUGAUAUGGAACAUGAACGCUGUACAUCGUACUGUGUGACGACCCGGACUGUCAUGGAUGGACUUGCUGACGCCCAUGACUACUCCAUGUUGGGAUGCCUCAUUUGAUGAUACUAUUGACCACUGCUGUUGUUCCGCUCGAUGGCACCAUCCGGUCCCACGCUAAUAUUACCGCGUUCGACGAU